CUGUCUUUGCCCUGAAUGAAGGACCUUCCCAGGCACCCGGGGGCCACUCACUGGAACUCCAGCAUAGAGAAGGAAGGUCGACCGGCAGGGAGCUGUAUGACCGGGUCCCAGGGCUGCAGGAGAGCCUCGCUGCUGAAGAGAAGCGCUCCUUGGGCCCCGCCAGCUGACCAGAUGAAGGCGGCGCUGCGCCUCCUGCUCCCCUGCCUCCUGGCCGAGGUGUGGCUGGUGCCCGGCUUGGCCCCCGGUUCCCAGUCACCAGAGGCCCGGGCAGGGCCGGAGGCUCUGCAGACCCCCACUGAACAGUACAAUACCUUCCAGAGAGAGCAGGCCCCUGAAGAGGAGCAGGAGAAGGAGCCCUGGCUGACGGCCAGUGGGCACUGGCUCUGUGAGGACAUCUUCAACUUGGGGUUCAACCUGCUGCGCAAGAUCUCCCGGAGGCACGAGGGCAACGUGGUCUUCUCGCCGCUCAGCCUGUCCAGGGCAAUGGCAGCGCUGAUGCUGGGGGCCACGGGGCAGACCGACGCCCAGCUGGGGAGCGGGCUCCUGCAGACCUGGAACCAGACCGGGCCCGGGCACCUGCCCGCCCUCCUGCAGUGGCUCCGAGAGCACCUCUCCCACAACCAGGAGCUGGGCCUCUCCCAGGGGAGUUUGGCCUUCAUCCACGAGGAUUUUGAUAUCAAAGAGACCUUCCUCAAUUUAUCCAAGAGGUAUUUCGAUACAGAGUGUGUGACGAUGAAUUUUCGCAAUGUGUCCCAGGCCCAGAGGCUCAUGAAUCAUUACAUUAACAAAGAGACGCAGGGGAAGAUCCCCGAGCUCUUUGCUGAGAUUAAUCCCGACACCAAAUUAAUCCUUGUGGAUUACGUCUUGUUCAAAGGGCAGUGGCUGACCCCUUUCGACCCUGUCUUCACCGAGGUGGACACUUUCCACCUGAAUAAGUACAAGGCGGUUAAGGUGCCCAUGAUGUACAGGGCGGGCGACUUCGCCGCCACCUUCGAUAAGAGUUUCCGUUGCCACGUCCUCCGGCUGCCCUACCAGGGCAACACCGCCAUGCUGGUGGUGCUCAUGGAGAGAAUGGGGGACCACCUGGCCCUGGAAGACUACCUGACCCCAGAGCUGGUGGACACAUGGCUGAGAAACAUGAAAACCAGAAAUAUGGAAGUUUUCUUUCCGAAGUUCAAGUUAGAUCAGAAGUAUGAGAUGCAUAAACUGCUUAAGCAGAUGAGAAUCAAAAAGAUCUUCUCACCCUGGGCCAACCUGAGUGAACUCUCAGCUGCCGAGAGAAACCUGAAAGUAUCCAAGGUUUUACAGGAAGCAGUGAUUGAGGUCAAUGAAAAAGGAACCGAGGCAGUGUCAGGAACAAUGUCUGAAAUCAUCGCCUACUCCAUGCCCCCCGUCAUCAAAGUGGACCGGCCGUUUCACUUCCUGAUCUAUGAAGAAACCUCGAGAAUGCUCCUCUUUCUGGGCAGGGUGGUGAACCCAGCUCUCCUGUAACUCAGGACAAGCAUGGGCACUUGGCGCGCAGCGGAUGCUGAAUCUGAGCUUCGGAAACCCGCACAAGGUGCUAGCCCUGGGGGGCAGGAGAGAGGGGCUCUGGUCCUCUGUGAGUCUGAGCCAUUCUUAGAUAAAUCCCAGUAUUAAAUUCAAACUUAUUUUAGAGAAAUGUUUGUACAAUCUGCUUGGUAUUUUAAGCCUGCUUCCAAGAGCCUUUGUUAUUGACUAAGGACCAGCCUGGUAGAAUAGCUUUACCUUUCUCCGUUACUCACAUACCUGGGCUUAAAAAAUGGUAAACCUGGACACUAUUUCCAGGGGAAGCCUCUGGGAAGAAGACUCGUCCACAUUCUCCAUGAGUCUCAUGCUUCCCUCUCUUUACUUCCCUCUGGUGCAAAAUAACUGUUUUCUUAUAAUCUAGUAUAGAAUCAUUUCUUGACUAAAAUUGUGAUGAGCAGGACCAAUAAAAUAACAUUGGUCAGAUCAAGAUAGCAUAGAGUAUGUAAAACAGAGUCACUCGUGUCAAUCAAGAUGGCUGCCAGUCAGCCAUGACACUUUGGUUCAAGAGGGAAGCUACCUAAGUCUGAGUAGACACAUCUUGCAAGGAGACACACCUAAGAUAUCUGCACAUGUGGUCAGCAUAGACAUGUCUGCAGAGCAGGACCACCCAGAGACAGGCUCCUGGGGAAAGUCCCCACUUGCCAUCAGGGGUGCCAAGUAGAAAGCCACGUCCCACCCAUAGGGUCCUGGGCAAAUUCCCCACUUAGCGUCAGAGGUGCCAAGACACUUAUCAAAGGCCUGGAAGGGUGGAGGACAGCACUUUCAAGGUAUAAUUGAGGCAGGCUCUGGACCACUGUGGAGGUAGCCGAGCUCCACACACCGGAGUGCCGCUCCACACCACGCUCAUCUCCCUGGGCAUCAGCCGCCGGAGGCUCUGUCCUGCUGGACCGAGGACAUUGUCUGCCCUGCUGCCCACCUGGCUCCAGAGGUCCUUCCUUGCAAGACGCUGACGGUUCCCUUGCCCACUGUGCUGUCUCCAGGGCCUGCAGACUGAGACUUGGGGACUUGGGUUCGUUAUCCCCCAUUAAUUGUUCUGUGUGUGUUAUAUUUCUCCUAGACUGUUAGAUUAUGAGUAGGAUAUUAAUGUGCUGGUGUUCUACUUUGAGUGAACCUGCAUUCAAAAGUUGGGUGAAUGGCAGUUACCUUGGGUGAUUCUUGCUUAUUGCUUGGUGCCAGGCUGCUCAGCAGGCAGUGAGCUGAGCUGUUGCCCCACUGACCUAUAGGAAAGGCUGUAUCAUGAACAUACGCUCAUGACGAAAAUUAAAAAUACACGUCAUCCAUCCUGAUCACAGCAUCUGCCUCAGUGCUGCCCAGUCCACUCCGUGGUGUCUUCAAUCAUUUGGCAGAGAUGUUAACUGAGCCACACAUCCCCUCAUUCAAUCCCUUCAUUUUACAAAGGACAGAAAUGGGGAACCAGAGACAGGGUUGCGUUAUGACUUUCAUGGGCCCCAGGCACUUUGGGGAACCUUCCUCCAUAAGAAAUAUAUGCGUAUUAAAAAUUACAUUUUAUGUCUGCAUUGGUAUGAUGAUGAAUAUAUUAUGGAUUGUAUUUUUCUUUAUACCAAUGCAGUCCAAGUAUGUAACUUGCUUUGCUGCAAGAAGGAAAACAUCUUUAUGGGCCCCAGGAAGCGUCAGGAGCCUGAGGCACUGUGCCUGCUGCAGCUAGCGGGCGGAUCAGCCAGGGCAUCUUAGAGGGAGGUCCUGCGUGCAGCGAUGGCAGGGUCCCCGGACGCCAGGCCCCAGGCCCCUGCCCUCUUCCUUCUUUCCGCCUACGCAUCUGGUGAGGCCCGACUCAACAGGCAGCAGGUGCGCUCCUCUCCGCUACCACUGUGGGUAUACAUAACGUAAGCGUGGACUCCGGGCCACAGUUCAAAGGAAAAGAGCAGAUGCCCCUGAAACUUUCUGAAGCGGUCAUUUUCUGUUACAGAGACAAGAAAGUAGGAGUAAACUCUGAGACCCAUGAAUAGAGCUAACUAAUCUCGGAGUGUCAACUAAAUGCCUAAUUGGAUUUCUAUCUGUUUGAUAUCCAAUUUUAUACCUAAAAUCAAUCAAUCCUCUUAACUAACAUAAAUCAGAAUACUGUGCGCCCUAUUAGUGUGAAUAGGUAAUAACAUUCAGCAGCAGUAUGAAAACUGACUUUUCAUCAUUCUACUAUCUGGAUAUUCACUCGUCCCUGUAUCCCUUGCCGGGGCGCCGGGGGGCAACUGUCUGGGCAAGGCAAUUCUAGGGUCUGAACAGACAGACAGAAACAGAGGGCUAAUCCAACGGCUGUCCCUCGGUGACUUGUUAGCAUGCAAUCAGUAAGGUUCUUUGUGGAGAAAUACUAGAAAGAAAAAUAAGAGGGUUCAAUCAAAUUACUCACUUUUAAAAGAUGAAUUUUAAAAGAUGAAAUUCAGAAAAAAAAAAGUCUAUGAAAACCUAAUAUCCUCUGAAAUAAAUAU